GUUGUUGCCGCACGAGAGCGUAGUAAUGUAACGCUCUAAACACCACAUAUUGAUGAUGGCCACAGCAGCUUAUAACUAUGUCGUUACCGCCCACAAACCUACAGCAGUCACAGCUUGUGCCACAGGGCACCUGACAUCAGCCACUGACCUAAAUCUAGUGGUGGCCCGCAACAACAGGGUCGAGCUUCAUCUGGUAACACCGGAGGGACUAAGGCCCCUCAAGGAACUCCCUAUAUAUGGCAAGAUUGCAUGUAUGCAUCUCUUCACCCCAAUGAAUGAGACCAAAGAUCUGCUAUUCAUCUUAACUACAAGAUAUUGUGCCAUGAUCCUAGAAUGUGUUGGCGACGGAGAACAUCUUGAAAUUCUCACCCGUGCUUAUGGAAAUGUGGCAGAUAAAAUUGGUAAGCCAUGCGAGACGGGAAUGAUUGCCAUUGUUGAUCCCCAAGCUCGGUGCAUUGUCUUGCGUCUCUACGAGGGCCUUAUUAAAGUCAUCCCACUUGACAAGGACAACAAUGAACUGAAGGCAUAUAAUAUUCGAGUGGAUGAACUUCAGAUCCAAGAUAUAGAAUUUUUAUAUGGUUGUUCAAACCCAACGAUAAUUGUUAUAUACCAAGACACUCAUGGAAGACAUAUCAAAACGCAUGAGAUCUCUCUGAAAGAAAAAGAAUUCUCCAAGAUGCCAUGGAAGCAAGACAACGUGGAGACAGAGGCAUCAACAAUAAUUGCAGUUCCUGAACCCUAUGGUGGAGCAAUUAUUAUUGGUCAGGAAACAAUCACCUACCUGACAGACACUUCUCAUGUGACUGUUGCUCCGGCACUUAUAAAGACAAGUACCAUUGUGUGUUAUGGUAAGGUAGAUGCCAAUGGCUCAAGAUACCUUCUGGGAGACAUGUCAGGUCGCUUAUUUAUGCUGCUGCUCGAUAAAUCAGAUGACCGAGCAGAGGCUGUUGUCAAAGUUGAGCUUCUAGGUGAGACUUCAAUCCCCGAGUGUUUGACUUACUUGGACAAUGGCGUGGUGUUUGUAGGAUCACGUCUUGGAGACUCACAGUUAAUCAAAUUGAACACGGAAGCAGACUCCUCAGGCCAGUAUGUCACAGUCAUGCAGACAUUCAACAAUCUGGGGCCCAUUGUUGACAUGGUUGUGGUUGACUUGGAGCGACAAGGCCAAGGACAGCUGGUUACGUGCUCAGGGGCAUUUAAGGAAGGUUCGCUACGAAUCAUCCGGAAUGGUAUUGGUAUCCAUGAACAAGCCUCCAUUGAGCUGGAUGGCAUCAAAGGCAUGUGGUCACUCAGUGUCAACUCACCAAAGCACCACAAUACCAUCGUCCUCUCCUUUGUUGGUCUCACCAGAGUGUUGACAUUAAGUGGGGAGGAGGUUGAGGAGACGGAGGUUGCAGGGUUUGUAGCAGACCAACAGACUUUCUUAUCCUCUAAUGUUAAAUACGACCAGUUACUUCAGGUAACGGGAACAUCCUGUCGACUAGUCAGCGAGAACAACGGCCAGUUAGUGUGUGAGUGGCGUCCACCAGAAGGUCGCAACAUCUCUGUGGUGGCAGCCAACAAUAACCAAGUGGUGGCAGCUGCAGGACAACACAUCUAUUACCUCACCAUCCAACCUGCUACUUUGAAACUUGAAGCAUCAACCACUGUGGAGCAUGAAGUUGCCUGCCUGGAUGUCUCACCACUCUGGGAGGAAGAAAUGGCUUCUGUGGUGGCUGUUGGUCUUUGGACAGACAUAUCUGCCCGAGUUCUUGCCCUUCCCUCACUGGAUGAAAAUGCCAAAGAGUUCCUUGGAGGAGACAUCAUCCCUCGUUCUAUAUUGAUGACCACAUUUGAAGGCCAUCAUUACCUGCUAUGUGCCAUGGGUGAUGGUCAACUCUUCUACUUCAGUUAUGCUCCUGCGACCGGCUACCUCUCUGAUAAAAAAAAGGUUGUUCUGGGAACCCAACCAACAACACUGAGGAGAUUCCGUUCCCUUUCAUCCACCAAUGUCUUUGCUUGUUCAGAUCGACCCACUGUUAUCUACUCAUCUAACCAUAAGCUAGUCUUCUCCAAAGUCAACCUGAGGGAAGUAACACAUAUGUGUCCACUUAAUGCAGAAGCAUAUCCCAGUAGCCUGGCCCUAGCCACUAGUGAGGGCAUCACCAUUGGAACCAUCGAUGAAAUACAAAAAUUACACAUCCGCACAGUUCCACUGGGAGAAACACCAAGACGCAUUGCUUAUCAGGAAGAGACAGAGACCUUUGGGGUGAUAACAAUGCGUGUAGAUGUGAUGGAUAAUAAUAGUCUGCGUAGUGGUGGCGCGUGUGCCUCCUUGGGUGCCCACUCUACUUCUGCUGCCUCAACCACUUCCAGCUUAUUAAAGCCACCAGUACAACCACCUCCAGAACCUGGACAAGAAGUUGAAACUCACAGCCUCCUUAUCAUAUCUCAAAAUACUUUUGAAGUGCUUCACUGCCACAGUUUUCACCCUGGGGAGUAUGCACUCAGCAUAUGUUCUACACGACUGAAGGAAGAUCCAACUGUGUAUUAUGUUGUGGGGACAGCACUUGUCAAUCCUGAGGAGUCUGAGUCGAAACAAGGACGGAUCAUUUUAUUCUCAUUUGCCGAGGGUAAACUGCAACAGGUGGCAGAGAAGGAGAUCAAGGGAGCAUGUUAUUCUUUAUGCGAGUUUCAGGGCAAGCUCCUGGCUUCUAUCUCAAGUACUGUAAGACUGUUUGAAUGGACGAAUGAACGAGAAUUGCGACUUGAGUGUUCACACUUCAACAAUGUUGCUGCUCUGUGCCUAAAGACAAAAGGUGACUUCAUCCUUGUGGGUGACCUCAUGCGAUCUAUGACGCUUCUACAGUAUAAGACAUUGGAAGGCAGCUUUGAAGAGAUUGCCAGGGAUUAUGAUCCAAACUGGAUGACAGCAAUUGAGAUUCUAGAUGAUGAACUCUUCCUUGGAGCAGAACAUUCUCAUAAUCUCUUUGUUUGUCACAAAGACAGUGCGGCCACAUCUGAUGAAGAACGGCAGCAGAUGCAAGAGGUUGGGAGGUUCCACCUGGGAGAUUUUGUGAAUGUGUUCCGUCACGGCACUUUAGUAAUGCAAGGAGUUCCCGAGGCAUCCACCGUCACCCAGGGAUGUGUUCUUUAUGGCACAGUACAUGGUGCUCUUGGACUGGUAACAAGUCUGCAUUUAGAACUGUACAAUCAGCUUUUGGAAAUGCAGAAGCGACUUGCUCGUAUUAUCAAAUCGGUUGGAAAGAUUGAUCAUGAUUUCUACAGAAGUUUUAGCACUGAGCGUAAAACUGACCGGUGUGAAGGGUUCAUUGAUGGGGACCUGAUUGAGAGUUUCUUAGACCUUAACCCAGAAAAGAUGAAGGAAGUGGCCCAGGGACUGAUGAUCAAUGAUGGUUCAGGUAUGAAGACUGAAGCUACUCCAGAUGAUCUUAUUAAAACUGUGGAGGAGCUCACUAGAAUCCACUGAACACUUAAAAGUUAAGAUAUUAUAAAUUAUACUUUCAAUACUACAAACUCCUCAGAAGAUAGAGAUGAAUCAUUAGAUUUUCAUCAGUGACAACAGGAAUCUUGGAACAACAGCAAAGUUAACUAGUAUUAAACUUUCAGCUUAUGAGUAAAUGUUUGUUUUAAUUAAGAGUACACUGAUCCAUGUGUUCUCUAAGUAUCUCCCAUAACCAGUGUUAAUAGAUCCUUGAUUAAAAAUGAUUCUUGUUAGUUGCAGCACUUUAGUAUACUGUACUGUAUAUCCUGCAAUUGGAGUUUGAUCUUUUGGUAUAAUAGAAAAGUUUAUGCCAGUAUUUGCUGCAGUUGUAUUAUGGGACUGACAGUAAAAUAUUUAAGGUAUGUUUAAUCUAACAUCUUUUUUAUCUAGGAAUAUCUAUAAAGUGUUGCUGAUGAGUGGAAUCAUAUUUGACAAAAUGAACAAUAUCAAGUACAGUAUGUAUUAAACAGGUUUCUAUGGACUCAAGUUCCAAAGAAAAAAAAAAUGGUGCCCCUCCCUAUUUAUAUUUCUGAAUACAGUAAUUUGGAUUCAUCUCAAGCUUGGCUUUAUGAAGGAAUGACAAAUGCAAUACCAUCAAGUACUUGCUACAAGCAAAUUUUUCACCACUGUAAAUCACCUGGAGGUAACAGCCAAUGUAGUGGUAAAAUUUUAAAGCUCUUGGAAGAUACAGUAUAUGAAAUGACAUGCACAUUGAAACAAUGUAAAACUUAAGUGACUCAGAUGUUUCCCAGGAGGUACUUAGGAUAUUUAUUGCUGUAGUUCACAGUCAGCUAGUCAGUUUGAAACAGCUUAAUUGAAGACAGUUUGCAGCAUUUAAUAUGCCACAUUAAGCACGCAAUUGAUCAUAUUGAGGUUAAGCACACCCAUGAAGGGUUUCCCGAGUGUCUUAAAUAUAUGCUAUAAACAUAUUUUGGCUUCCAACAGAAUAAUUUAAAUUAAAACCGAGCAAUUAGUAAGUAGCAACAACUACUGAUUAUUUGUAAUGCAAUAUAUAAAUUUUCUUGUGGCCUUUAUAAACUGAAAAAGCUUUGGCCAACAUCAAUCAUGUUAAUUUAAUACAGGGUAAGUUAUAAUAUAUGUUAGCCAUUUUCAGCACAGAAACCAUGUUUUAUCUCUCAUGUACCAGCAACACCAGGGAUAUUCACAUGUCGUACACAACAUUUUUACUGUGCAAUCAUGCUUGAAGCAAACUCCAAGACUCAUAAAUUAUUAUUUUAAUUACUACUACUAUUAUUAUAGUGUGUAUGUGUAAGUUAAUGUUAACGAGUGUGCAUGUGUGUGCCUAAUUGCUGACAGAUUCAUUCCAGUGGUCACAUAAUCUGAGGCAUUACCAAAAUUAGUGCUACUUGUGACAUAUCUUUACAGGAAAGAAAAUUAUGUAAAAUAUCGUAAAAGCAUAGAUGCAGGGUUGAUAAGAUAAGAGUAACUUGGCCUUGUAUUGCAGCCUGGGUUCUGGAGCAUGAUGUAUACAUUAUGCUUUCCAGCCAUAGUACAGAGGCUUCAGAAAUAAUACUUUUUGAACAGACAUGGCGCAUAUAAAUUGCAUUACCAGUAUAUAAAUAUUAGUAUGCCUUUGAAUUUUGUGGUCAGGUGCCUUUUAUUUAACAAACCUCAACAUUAAAAUUGGUUGUAGAGAAUCUUGAUUAUAUCUACCACACUACCAAUACGAGUGUCAUUACUUCAGACUGAAAUUGGGUGUACGUAUUUUUUAACAUAAUUUGCCUUUCCAAGAUUUCCCAAAUUUACAGAAUAACUUGCCUUGUUAAUCUGGUUUCUGUUAAUAUUAGCACCCUUCGAAGUUCCAACUUCCCACAAGAAAAAAAAACUCCCUUUAUGCUGCCUUCAUACCUCACAAGAUGGUCAUAUAUGCACAGGAUAUUUAGCAACCACAAAACUAACCUGUUCACAGAACAGUAUUCAGAAUCCAACAGAUCUUUUCUUGAAGUAUAAGUACAUAAUAAUAAUGCAUUAAUAAUAAUAUUAUAGUACUGUACUUGUGAAGCUGGCAAUGUAAAUACAGUAGACCCUUGCCAUUAGUGAGGGAUAGGUACCAAGAAAUGGCGCGAAUUGGCAAAACCACGAAUAACAAAUUUUACCACCUUAGUGCACUACUGUAUAUCUAUACCAAAUAACUGACCAGACAUGGCAGCACUCAAACCAGGAAAAAUCCCACAUCCCCAAAGUUUUUCUGGGUACUGGGAAAGUUUCUCAGAAUUUUCCGGAAAUUGUGCAUUACUGUAUUUCAUCAUCUGAAUUUGCUCCCAGAACUGGGAAGAAAAUCAGUUUCCAGAAAUUUCAGAAAAUGCACCUGAUUUUCAGCCUCAGAAUUUGCUCCCAGACCCAGAAAAAAAGGAGUUUCCAGAAAGAAAAUGCGCCUGAUUUUCAACUUAAGAAACUCGUUCAUAGACCCGGAAUUUAGAGAAUUUUUUCUGUAAAAUUUUCAGGCAAAUUUCAAUUCUGGGUUUUGAAGAGUUCUGCCUAACAGAGGUAUUACUGUUAAUAGUAAUUAGAAAUACAUGGUAGCUAGCUAAUAUCAUCAAGGGAAGAAGAUCAACUAGCAUAUGUUGUCUAUGAUCUGAACUAUAUAUUAUACUUAUUUUCUGUUGAUGCUUACCAGGCUUGGGGUAUGUCAAGUUACGAAUCAUUGCAAUGCACGUGCAAGGCAUUUGUCAGUGCCAUCUUUUGCUGCAACACAUAAACCAAGCAAGAUCUCAGUGUUUUUAACAUUGCUCUCAGCCAGUCAUUUGAAGUAUAUUCUUAGUCCUCAUAGCUGAAAUAUGGUAGCUCUUGAUCUGCAACUUCAUACUUUGUUGAUUGCUGAAGGGUGAUCAGACAGCCAGAAAUUUACCUCAGCCAUGAAUUUUUUUAUAGUAUGAAAAGAGAAUAUCCAAAAUACAAUAAGGUAGAAUUUUUUCCCCCAUAGCUUAUUACUAUACUCACCCUUUAUUACCUACACUACUAAAGAGAAUAUGAUGGUGGUUACACUCAUUUUUUGAAGUUGUUAUAUAAAUAUGCUUUGUGAUGAAAUGCAACAGUGAUUCUUAUAUGUGACCACUGACGUCCUGUGUAUAUUGUGUCUGUCAUUUUUGUUUGUGUAGGAAUGAGCGAGUGCAUGCUCAUGCAUAUACUGCAUUUUGAUUAAAAUGGUCUUUGAUGUGUGUGUGUGGGCAUGUAUUGUGUAUGAAUAAAUUAUUUAUAGCAAGA